AUGCCUCGGCUCUUGGCAACACAAUCUCAUGUAGUGCACGGCUACGUGGGAAACAAAGCUGCUACGUUUCCUUUGCAAUGUCUAGGUUGGGAUGUAGACUGUUGCAAUAGUGUCCAGUUUUCCAAUCAUACCGGAUAUGGUUUAGACAAAGUAUUUGGAACUAUAACAGAUGAAACUGAUCUAAAGCAACUCUUAUCAGGCCUAUUCGAUAAUUUUCCUCGAGACUACCAAGCUUUACUUUCGGGUUACUUGCCCAAUAAAAAUUCGGUUCGAUGUAUGGGGACGUAUUAUGCUAAGUUCAAGGAAGAAAAUCCUGAAAUAAUAUGGCUUAUGGAUCCUGUGAUGGGAGAUGAAGGACAAUUAUAUGUUAGUGAAGAUGUUAUACCAGAAUACCGGAAAAUAGCGUUGUCUCCCAAACAGCUGGUCGAUAUAAUAACUCCAAAUCAAUUUGAGUUGGAAAUAUUAUAUGGAGAAGAAAUUAAGACCAAAGAACAUUUGAAAAAGGCAUUAGAAAAGCUACAUCGUACGAUUCCAGUGAUAAUUGUUACAUCUUGUGACUGUAAGAUGUUUGAUGAUCAAGAUUUUAUCUAUUGUGUGGCUUCUAUGAAAGGCAAGACACCUGUUGUUUAUAGAGUGCCGUUCAUUGAUUCGUAUUUUACUGGGGUCGGUGAUUUGUUCUCUGCUUUGCUAUUAGACCGAGUCUAUAAAAUCUUGUCAAACCCAACAACAACUUUAGAAUUUGAAGAUCAGGUUAAUAAUGUGCUAAAUGUUAUUCAAAAAGUAUUGAAUGUCACUCGAAGUUAUACUUCAGGGAAAAUCAAUGCUAAAAUGGGCUCCGCUCUGGAAAUGAAAGAAAUGGAAUUGCGAAUUAUUGAAUCAAGAGAUAUAUACGAAACUAUCAACAUCAAUGAAAAGGAUUAUGUUUAUACCAGACUGUGA